GUUAUUAUUGUUUAAUAUUGAAUGAGCAUAGUAAUUGUGUUUAUCAUAUACGUGAUUAUUUACUUUGAGGCGUUUUGUAAAAUAUUCAACUUGAAAUUUAUCUAUUCAUAUUAAUUGAUAUAUCAACUCAUAGGAUGGUAGUGUUUCUUUUUUUGUGACUACUGUUAAGAUUAUUCGUGAAACAACAUGUCGUUUCUUAAGAAUGUUACAUCAAGCUUUACUAUCCGGAGUCGUGAUACAAUUCUUAAAGAAUCACUUAUUAACAAUUUAUCGGAGUGUGUAAAGGAUAUUCAAUAUAACAGUCAGUUUGAAGAAAAUUUCCAUAGUGUACUGGGUUCCACUGAUUCUACUAAUACUUUGUGUAUGGCCUUAGAAGCUGUAUUUCUUCAUGGUUUGAAAGACACUUUCCUAAGAAAAGCUAAAAAUGUUAUAUCCGGUGAUCCUGACUAUAGGCCUCAGUCAAGUUUCUGGCCCCUUGUUCUGGUAUUGUCACAUAGACAAAAUAUAGAUCAGAUAUCUGCUUUGCCUCAAAUUAACACAGAGAUAGGCCAGUGUAGAGCAUGGCUCAGAAUUGCUCUAAAUGAUUGCUUGUUAUCUUCCUACAUGUCUACUUUACUAAAAAACAUAUCAGCGGUGAAGCCCUUCUACAAUAGAAGUGCCUUUGUCUGUGAUUCAGAAAUACUUGAAAUGGCUCAGAAGCUUAUUGAAGGGCUGGAAACAUGUGUGCAGUUUAAUUUGCCAAUCAAUUCUAGUUUGCUCAAUCAAUGGCCUGAGCAAGUUUUGAUGCAGGCAGGAAUAUGGGUACCGACAAUGAGAGUGGCACCAAUCAGCGCUGGCUUAGAUGUGGCAAGCACUUUGACAGAUGAAAUAAAACCAAAACUAGCGACCACACCAACUCACAAUUCCAAUAUUACUGGAUUAGGAAAAAUGCUCGCCUUUAGUGAGGAUGAAGCACUUGAAUUCAUUUUAGCAAAAGACAUUCAUAAUGUGACAAGUAACCAAGACAAAAAUGCAGUGGAAAAUAUUAAUAAACAGCAAAUUAAAGAGGGCAGUCCAAAUGAAGUUACUAAAGAAAAUGAAGGCUCUUCACACAAGCAUGGUCAAAAAGAAGAGCAAUCAAAUUUAGAAACUGCAUCAGAACCUUUGGAUAUGGAACCUACAACGAGUCAGGAAACAGGUCAAGCCAAUAUAUACUCUUCUUCAAUUGAUUCUGGGGAAUUUGUCACCCCUGCAGAUAUUAUUGUUACUGGCAAUUCACUCUGCGGCAAGGGUUGGUCUAAUGACAGUCAUGAUGACUUAAAUACUUCUGUCAACUCAAAUUCUUCUCAUGGCAGUAGCAUGAUAAAGACUCCCGAAUUGAAAAGUCUAUCUUCACUUGUAGACAACUCAAAUAUAUACAGUGAUGGAUGUAAUAAUACUCCCAAUUUAAGAGACAUUAUGCAAGAUAUCCACAAAGAACUUAAACUAACAACAGAUGAUACCGAGAUUUGUGAAUUAAAAGUUGAAACACCUGUAUCAGAAGAUUUAACAUUGCAAGGAUUAGACUUUGAAGUAGUUUCCAACUCUACUACAGGGUCCUUUACACCUCAAGAACUACAAGCAAUGAUCAAGCAAAUUGGCACAUUAUCUCGAGAAAAAGGUUUAGAUUUCCAAAAUUACCAGUGUAAAAGUUGUCAGGAUUUAUUAGGAAGUACAGUGUCCAAGGCAAAGGUAUGUGGUUUUACGGGAGAGUAUUAUUGCUCUAACUGUAUGGAUCCAAAUGUAUUUAUUAUCCCAGCAAGAGUUAUUCACAAUUGGGAUUUCAAAAGGUAUCCGGUCUCAAGGAAAUCAGCUAUAUUUCUGUUAGAAUUUCAACAUCAUCCUUGGAUAGAUAUGAAGAAAUUAAACCCUAAAAUAUAUAGUGGUGUCUCUGAUAUGGCCCAGUUACAAGAACUAAGAAUACAAUUAAAUUUCCUUAGAGCAUAUAUAUUCACAUGUCGGGAACCUGUUAUCGAAGAACUGCAGAAAAGAGUUUGGCCAAGAGAGUACUUAUAUGAUCAUGUCCAUUUAUAUACCAUAUCUGAUUUAGCUCAAAUACCUAAUGGUUCUUUAGCUUUGCAACUAGAGAAAGUUGUGAGCUUUGCAAAAUCACAUGUCCUCGAUUGCUGGCUGUGCAGUCAGAAGGGCUUCAUAUGUGAAGUUUGCCGAGACUCUAAAAUAUUAUAUCCCUUUGAGACGACCACAACAUAUAGAUGUGACGAAUGUUCUAGUGUUUUCCAUUCUAGAUGUCUCAAUGAGAACACUCCAUGCCCUAAAUGUAAGAGGAGACAGGACAGAUCAAGCGAUGCGCUGAUGUCCAAUACACAUAAUCAAUUGAUAAAAUAAAUAUCAACACUAUAAUUAUGCAGCAAACUAAAACUGAUAACUGGAGUCAUUGUUUUCUUUGACCUCAUUUGUUACAUAUAUAACUUUGUUUUGUCAACACGUACGGCCAUUAAUCAUGCUCUUUUGGUGACUAUUUAUUCACACUGAUUUGCUUAAUAUUCUAAUCGAUUGAUUGAUUGUAUGAAAAUUUAGAUUAUUUGUAUACUUAAAUGCUAUCGUAGGACAUAUUGUAAUGCUAAAUGCUAAUGUGCUGUUAUAAUUAAUUUACUUACGAAUAAUAUAACAAAUAAGUGAUCUGUGUCAUUCAUUAUCAUUGUGAUUUAUGAAUAUAUAUAUAUUUUUUAUGAACAUAGGUCAAAUUAAUAUAUUUUUAAUAUAAGGUUCACUUAUUGCUGUAGUUAGUUUAUUUAGUGGUAAGGUCUUAAGAUGUUAAUCUUAUAUACUAUGGGUAGUAUAAAUUAUAUUAUUGUAUAAUGUUACAGUAACUGUUGGUGUUAUCUCAAUGUGUGACGGUUAUAGUGAUUUUGUUGCUCCCACUUGUAUCUCAGUUCAUUCGCACAUCACUCGGGACGUAGAGUUAUGAGAUUGUAUUAUAAACAAAUAAAUUAUUCUAUCUUC